AUGAGCUAUCGAAUGGCUGGUUGGGCACUGGUCAUUGGGUUUGGCGUACUCAAUGGGUACAUGACCUUCAAGCCUGCCCUCGAAGCCCGAGCCUUGGAGAAGCUGAAAGAAGAGGAGCGGGCUGCUUCGGAGCUUGGGCCGAACAUGGUUGAAAUCCCCGCGCAGACACGCGACAAUGCGAUCGCUUCAGGUCGAAACAAGUUGAAUGCAGGGCCAAAUGAGUGA